UAUUUUGUAAAUAGUCCUGGCACUGUUCUCCUGCCCGUGUCCACUAUAAAUGUAACCAAGUGCAGUUUGCCUUUUACUGGAACAAGCGGGUACUGGCAUACGGGAAAAACACAAAAGCCUUACAAUGGCAUCUGACCAUCAGACUCCAGCCACCAAACAACAGCAGCCAAAUGCAAAGAUUGUCAUCUUUGAGCAAGAGAAUUUCCAAGGCCGAUGCCAUGAACUCAGCGCACCCUGUACCAACCUAAAGGAGGCUGGCAUGGAAAAAGUUGGCUCCAUGCUUGUGCACUCUGGACCCUGGGUAGGAUAUGAACAACAAAACUGCAAGGGGGAACAGUUUGUCUUUGAGAAGGGAGAAUACCCCCGCUGGGACUCCUGGACGAAUAGUCGAAGAAGUGACAGCAUCUGCUCCUUGAGACCUAUCAAAGUGGACAGCCAAGAGCACAAGAUUGUCCUCUAUGAAAACCCUAACUUCAGUGGAAAAAAGAUUGAGAUAAUUGAUGACGAUGUCCCAAGUUUCCAUGCUCAUGGUUACCAGGAAAAAGUAUCUUCUGUGAGAGUGCAAAGUGGAACGUGGGUUGGCUACCAAUACCCAGGUUACAGAGGUUACCAGUACCUGUUUGAGAAGGGGGACUACAAGGACAGCUCAGAAUUUGGCGCUCAGCACCCCCAAAUCCAGUCUGUCAGGCGCAUUCGUGAUAUGCAGUGGCACCAGAGGGGAGCCUUCCACCCCACCAGUUAAGAAACGUACUUCCUCUCUCUAGUGCCACUAAAGAAGAAGAGAAACCAAAAGGCUUUUACGUGAUCUGCUGCUGUUUUUCUCAUGGCAUGGUUGUCCCUAAUGCCACUGUGUGAGUAAACCUGCUGAAGCAAUUUAAUAAAAGCUUUGAGUUCCAAACUC